CAAACAAAUUUUCUACAUGUGCUGAAUUGGCAAAUAUUUUAAACAAGAAGUAUACCAACCUUAAUAUAAGUAAAAGAAUUGUACUUAAUAAACUUCACAGUCUUAAUUAUAUUAGUACAGUUCCAAAAUCUAUACCUCUGCUCACUGCUCUUCAUAAACAAUGUCGUAUUGAAUUCGUCAUGAAGUAUCAAAACCAAAAUUAG